GAGAGAAACUCCUGAGGGCGGAGGGAGGCUGUGGUGAGCUAAUAUACUAGAAACCACCGCCUCUUCAAAUUGCACUGAACAACUCUCAGCAAAACCUGUACGUUUUAUACGAUCGAAUACAAAAACAAAACACUGAAAUGGGAAGUCUGCGGUUUCCAGGGUGACCCUGGCUUGCUCGCGGGAGUUCGACUUUCUUUCAGUCGUACAGUAAAAACAGGAAAGCCGGCGAGAAGUUCAGUUGCUCCAGUACUUUUUUUUUUUUUUUUUAAACUCACCUCCCCUUCCCUGAAGAGUUUGAUUCAAAGUUGAGAGCCAAGAUGGCGGCCGAUUCUGUGCAGGGUGAUGCCAGAAGACAUUUGGUCUCUGAGCGGCUUGGCUUGGGCCACAACCUGGACCUCUCUGACACGAUGGUGCAACAGAAACUCGACGAAAUCAAGGACCAGAUCAAGAGGGAGAUCCGCAAGGAACUUAAAAUUAAAGAGGGGGCGGAGAACCUCAGAAAAGUUACAACUGACAAGAAAAGUUUGGCCUAUGUGGACAACAUGUUGAAAAAGUCAAAUAAAAAGGUGGAGGAACUACAUCAGGAGCUGCAGGAAUUAAAUGCACAUAUUGUAGUGAAGGAUCCAGAAGAGCUGUUAGAUUGCCCUAGAACGCCAGACACCCCCAGUAAUACCUCCACAAACAGCAGACUAGCAGCUUUGAAGAAGCAGCAUGAUAUUGAACUAAAAGUGAAACAGGGAGCAGAGAACAUGAUCCAAAUGUAUUCAAAUGGCUCUUCAAAGGAUCGUAAACUGCUUGGAACAGCACAACAAAUGCUCCAAGACAGUAAGACAAAAAUAGAAGUCAUUAGGAUGCAGAUUCUGAAAGCAAUCCAGACUAGUGAAAUGGCUUUUGAUAAUACAGAAGGUAUAGCCAAACCUGUGAUCAGCCCGCUUGAGCUGCGGAUAGAGGAACUGAGACACCACUUCCGGAUAGAAUACGCAGUUGCAGAAGGAGCCAAGAAUGUCAUCAAGCUGCUUGGAUCUGGAAAAGUCACUGACAAGAAAGCACUUUCUGAAGCUCAAGCCAGAUUUAAUGAGUCAAGCCAGAAAUUAGACCUUUUAAAAUACUCAUUGGAGCAAAGGUUGAAUGAGCUUCCCAAGAACCAUCCGAGUAGCAGUAUUAUAAUAGAAGAACUGUCUUUGGUAGCAUCGCCAAUAUUAAGCCCUCGACACAGUAUCAUUUCUACACAAAAUCAAUACAGCACAGUCGCCAAACCAGCUGCAUUAACAGGUACCCUAGACGUCAGACUAAUGGGCUGCCAAGACCUUUUGGAGAAUGUUCCCGGCCGAUUAAAAACUACAUCCGUUCCUCUACCGGGAUGGAGCCCAAGUGAAGCCAGGUCUUCCUUUAUGAGCAGGACUACCAAAAAUAGGAGUGGAAGCAGUCGAAACCUUUCGAAAACAGAUGACUUGUCCAAUGAGAUCAGUGCUGUGUUGAAGUUGGACAACACAGUUGUUGGGCAGACUGGCUGGAAACCUAUUUCUAAUCAAUCGUGGGAUCAGAAGUUUACACUGGAGCUGGAUCGGUCGCGUGAGUUAGAAAUGUCUGUGUAUUGGCGAGACUGGCGGUCACUUUGCGCUGUCAAGUUUCUGCGGUUAGAGGAUUUCCUUGACAAUCAACGGCAUGGAAUGGUUCUGUACCUCGAACCUCAGGGUACACUGUUUGCAGAGGUUACAUUUUUUAACCCUGUUAUUGAAAGGAGACCAAAACUUCAAAGGCAGAAAAAGAUAUUUUCAAAGCAACAAGGCAAAACAUUUUUGCGAGCCCCUCAAAUGAAUAUUAAUAUUGCAACAUGGGGAAGACUGGUGAGGAGAGCAAUCCCUUCAAUAAAUAACUCUGGCACAUUUAGCCCUCAGGUUCAAGUGCCUGCAGCAGUGCCAGGGGAUACACUGAUCCCAGAAUCCCCUUCGUCACCGAGUGACUCAACAGUGACAAAGUUAGAAUUUGAACAGGAACCCCCUCCAGCUCCUAAGAGACAUUCCUCUGUGGUUGAGAUUAGAGAGUCCAUGCCAGAAAUUAAGAUUGCAGAUUGCAUGCAGAUACAGGAUGCAUUGGCAACGUUUGACUUUCUGAAUGACAGAAAUAGCAUUGUACCCAGACCAGAGACACAAGUUGUUGCUAAGAAUGAAGUUAAGCAGCCAGAUUUGGAGUUCAUGACUGUACCAGAACCUACAAAUAGCAGGGUGCAGCAAAGAUUUCAGUUCGGCCUCAGUGAUUUCCAUUGUGUUGCAGUGCUGGGCCGUGGGCAUUUUGGAAAGGUGCUGCUUGCCGAAUACAAAAACACAGGAGAAAUGUUUGCCAUCAAAGCCUUAAAGAAAGGAGACAUUGUAGCACGUGAAGAGGUAGACAGCCUUAUGUGUGAGAAGAGAAUCUUCGAAACUGUGAACUGUGUCCGGCAUCCGUUUUUGGUGAACCUUUUUGCCUGUUUUCAAACCAAAGAUCAUGUAUGUUUUGUCAUGGAAUAUGCUGCUGGAGGAGAUCUUAUGAUGCACAUUCAUGCAGAUGUGUUUUGUGAACCUAGGGCUGUGUUUUAUGCUGCUUGUGUUGUCCUUGGUUUGCAGUUUUUGCACGAACAUAAGAUAGUGUACAGAGAUUUAAAGCUGGAUAAUCUGCUGCUUGACACUGAAGGCUAUGUAAAGAUUUCGACUUUGGCCUUUGCAAAGAAGGGUAUGGGAUUUGGAGAUCGUACAAGUACGUUUUGCGGUACUCCUGAGUUUCUUGCUCCAGAAGUAUUAACAGAAACAUCCUACACACGGGCAGUGGAUUGGUGGGGACUUGGUGUACUGAUCUUUGAGAUGUUAGUUGGUGAGUCUCCUUUCCCAGGUGAUGAUGAAGAGGAGGUGUUUGACAGUAUCGUUAAUGACGAAGUCCGUUACCCAAGAUUCCUGUCUACUGAAGCCAUCUCCAUAAUGAGAAGGUUGCUGAGGAGAAAUCCAGAAAGGCGUCUUGGAGCAGGGGAAAAAGAUGCUGAAGAAGUGAAAAAGCACCCAUUUUUCCGAAACGUUGAUUGGAAUGGUCUGUUAUCAAAGAAGGUGAGGCCUCCAUUUGUACCUACAGUUAAAGGCAGUGUGGACGUCAGUAACUUCGAUGAUGAAUUUACCUCGGAAGCACCCAUUCUGACCCCACCUCGGGAGCCCAGGGUCCUUACAGCGGACGAGCAAGAAAUGUUCCUAGAUUUUGAUUAUAUAGCAGACUGGUGUUAGACCUCAGACUUUCAACACUGUGAAACGCAAUAGCUGACUGUAGCUCACAACCUCCUCUUCUGAAGAACAGGAGUUCUUCCAGCCUGUUGUGCACUCAGUGCCAUUUAGGGAUCCUUGACUUUUAAAGCAAAUGAAGAUUAUUUUUCCCCUAUAUAUUAUAUAUAUAUAUAUAUAUAUAUAUAUAUAUAUAUAUAUAUAUAUAUAUAUAUAUAUAUA